AUGCACUUGACACAAGCAGACGCUCUCCCAGUGUCUGAGUCUGAUAUUAUUGCGAGAGCAGUUUCAGCGACAUCAGGCGCUGGCCUCACCCAACCUGAAAAGAUCACACUCUACGUCGUUUCAGCGAUUGGCGGCAUUGCAAUUAUCCUGGGAGUUGCAAUACUCAUACUUCGUACACGCCACUAUAAGAGGUAUCCAAACAAAUCUCGACAUCAAACCAGAUCAAUUUUGAAGACCAUCCCUGUUGUUCAAUAUGACGGCGAAGAAUCUUAUCCCAACUCGCGAUCAUCAAGCAUCGUCGACUCCGAUGAUUUUGCGGUUGAGAAAAUGAAGAAAGUGCGAAAUACUACUUGCUCCAUCUGCACAGAGGACUUCGCCAAGAAUCAAAUAUUGCGUGUCUUGCCCUGCGACCACCAAUAUCAUAUGGCCUGUAUCCAAGAUUGGCUUUUCCGGAGCUGGAGCUGUCCAGUAUGUCGAAUUGAGUUGAAGCCGCCUAUGCAAGAAAGUCCUGCUAAGGAUAUUGGCUCGACGGACGUCGAAAAGGCAAUGAUAAAUGGGGACCAGAAGCAUGCUCUAAAGCUUCAUAGUCGGCUACUACGACACCUCUACAGUGUCGGACUGGGGCAGCAUUAUAACAGCGCUUGA